UAAAAUUUGUAUAUGUGACAGUGGAAAUUGGAAUUUAGGGGAAUUCGGGAUUCCACUAGUGCAAAUUAGAAUAAAGUGACUAUUCUAAUUUCAACUAGUGGUAAUUGGGAUUCUAUUUUCCACUAAGGGGGAAUUCCGAAUUCCACUAGAAAAAAAAUCAUAAAGAUUUUUCUAAUUUAGACUAUAGUGGAAAUCGGAACUAUAUUUUAUUUAUUAUAUAUUACGUCAUUGGUGAUUUAGUUGGACUAAAAAUCGAUCGAGUUGAUCGUACAAAUGUUACAGCUAAAAUAUUACCCUGUCAAAUUAUGUCAAUUCAAAUAUCGUCCAAUGAUACCAAUAUGUAUCGAUUAUGUACAAAAACAUGUAUUCUAUCUAGAUCGUAUCAAAUACAAGAUUUAUCGGAUUUAACAGAAUGUAACUGUAAUGAUUUACGUACGGUUGAUCCAUCGACAUUACCAACAAAAACAUUCAUUCAAGCUUAUCAGGAAUAUAUGUGUGUUAGUUCCGGUGUAGAUAUUUCUGCAGAAGCUUGCCAUUGUAAAUCAAUGUGCCACGAAACAUUGUCCAUGUAA